AUGCCUCAGAACGACUACAUCGAAGAACACAUCCGCCGACACGGCCGCCGACUCGAUCAUGAGGAGCGUCAGAGGAAGCGCGCGGCGCGAGAGGUGCACAAGGCAUCCGCCGUCGCACAAAAGGUCACCGGUCUCAAGGCCAAGAUGCUCAACAAGAAGCGUCGCAACGAAAAGAUCCAGAUGAAAAAGACGCUCAAGGCGCACGAGGAACGCGACGUCAAGCAGGCCUCCACCGCCUCCGACCCCAACCAGGCGCUCCCCACCUAUCUGCUCGACCGCGAGGGCCAGAAGGACGCAAAGGCGCUCUCCUCGGCCGUCAAGGAGCGCAGAAAGGACAAGGCGGCGCGCUACUCGGUGCCGCUGCCCCAGGUGCGCGGCAUCGCAGAGGACGAGGCGUUCAAGGUGGUCAAGACCGGAAAGCGCAAGCAAAAGGGAUGGAAGAGGAUGGUCACCAAACCCACCUUUGUCGGCGAGAGCUUCACGCGCAAGCCGCCCAAGCUCGAGCGCUUCAUCCGUCCCAUGGGCCUCCGCUACAACAAGGCGCACGUCACCCACCCGGAACUCAAGGCCUCCUUCAACCUCCCCAUCGUCGGCGUCAAGAAGAACCCGCAGAGCCCGCUCUAUACCCAACUCGGCGUGCUCACCAAGGGCACCAUCAUCGAAGUCAACGUGUCGGAGCUCGGCAUGACCACCACCACGGGCAAGGUCGUGUGGGGCAAGUAUGCACAGGUCACCAACAACCCAGAAAACGACGGCUGCGUCAACGCCGUCCUCCUACUCUCGUCCUAA